UGUGAAUAUGGGUGAUCUCGGAGAAAUCGGCUCUUUUACGCCCUGGGAUUACGUUGUGUUUGCUGCAGUUUUAGCGAUAUCUGCAGCGAUCGGAAUUUACUAUGCCGUAGUUGGGGUCGGAAAAGAGACAUCCCAGGAAUUCCUGACGGGAGGGAGAAGCAUGUCAGCUCUCCCAGUCUCUUUAUCUCUCACAGCAAGUUUUAUGUCGGCAGUAACUAUCCUGGGAACACCGGCAGAUGUCUAUCGCUACGGGGCAAUGUAUAGCAUAUUUGCUAUAUCAUACGCUUUCGUGGUUAUUAUAUGUGCAGAAAUUUUUCUUCCUCUCUUUUACAGGCUUAAUAUAACCAGCACAUACGAGUAUCUAGAAAUUCGCUUUAACAAAUUUGUGCGCAUCCUUGGGACAGUCAUAUUUAUUAUUGAAAUGGUUUUGUAUACUGGAAUUGUCAUAUAUGCUCCUGCACUUGCACUCAACCAAGUUUCAGGAUUUAACCUUUGGGGUGCAAUGGUGGCAACUGGAUUAGUCUGUACUUUCUACUGUGCCCUGGGUGGGAUAAAAGCGGUGAUCUGGACAGAUGCAUUCCAGAUUUUUAUUAUGCUGGCUGGUUUCAUAUCUGUCAUAAUCCGAGGUGUGGUGGUACAGGGCGGAAUUCAGAAGAUCAUUGAGGAUUCCUACAAUGGAGGGAGACUAAACUUCUGGGACUUUGAUCCUGACCCCUUGAGAAGACACACAUUUUGGACAAUUGUGGUUGGAGGAACUUUUCUGUGGACCGGUAUCUAUGGUAUUAACCAGUCUCAAGUGCAACGAUACAUUGCCUGUAAAUCUAGAUUUGAAGCCAAAUUGUCACUUUACUUAAAUCUUAUAGGUCUGUGGGCCAUCUUAGCCUGUGCAGUUCUAUCCGGCCUCAUCCUCUAUUCAGUAUUUAAAGAUUGUGACCCAUGGACAUCGAAAAAAAUAUCUGCUCCAGAUCAGCUCAUGCCCUUUUUGGUAUUGCUGAUUCUCAAGGACUACCCAGGAAUACCAGGGCUCUUUGUAGCUUGUGCUUACAGUGGAACGCUAAGCACUGUGUCAUCUAGUAUUAAUGCGUUAGCUGCUGUAACUGUGGAAGACCUUAUAAAGCCUUAUACAAAUCUCUCUGAGAAGAAGUUAUCAUGGAUUUCCAAAGGAUUGAGUGCUGGUUACGGUAUACUUUGCAUUGCUAUGGCAGCUGUGGCAUCAUAUAUGGGAAGCGUGAUUCAGGCAGCUUUAUCAAUAUUUGCCAUGGUGGGAGGACCUCUUCUUGGACUUUUUUCCCUAGGGAUGUUUUUCCCUUGUGCUAAUUCAGUGGGUGCUGUCGGAGGACUUCUUGUUGGAUUUAGUAUGUCACUAUGGGCUGGAAUAGGAGCACAGAUUUACCCUCCAUUACCACUAAAAAGCCGACCUUUACCACUAUGUACUAAUGGAUGUAAUGUCACCAUGGGGGCAAACUGGACAUCAAUGACUGAAAUGACGAUGUUGACUACUCUCAUGCCACCAGACGUCAAUGACAGACCUGCAAUUGCUGACUACUGGUAUUCGUUGUCCUAUUUAUACUUUAGCAUUUUGGGAACCCUUGUAACAUUGAUUGUUGGACUUAUCAUCAGUCUGUUAACAGGAGGAUUAAAACAAACUGUGAAUUCCGAUAAACUCUUUGGAAGACAGGAUUGUUCAUGUGACUUCUUUUUCUGCCAUAAACCUGACAAAACUGAUAAAGUUGAAGUUUUAGAAUGGAAAUCCCAUCCAAACUCAGGACUUGAAAACCCCGUUUUUGUGCAUGAUACUCUGGACCUCCCUGAAUUAAACAGAAAAUCAAAUUAAAAGAAAACUUCU